CUUAUCAAGCAGCAGAUUCUCUCCCUCCAGUUUAGGAAGGAGCACCUUCUGCGCAAUCAUUUCUCAGCUGACGGAGGAAACCCAGCCACUAUUUGAAACCACUAUCAAAUCCCGUUCUGUGUCCAAGGACUCUGAUGCUAAAUUCACGUGCAUAGUGACAGGAUACCCGCAGCCGGAGGUGACGUGGUAUAAGGAUGAUGAAGAGAUGGACCGCUAUUGUGGCUUACCCAAGUAUCAGAUAUUCCGUCAUGGAAAUCGCCACACCUUGCAGCUGUACAAGUGCCAAGAAGAAGAUGCAGGCAUUUACCAGGCCUCAGCUAGAAAUAACAAAGGCAUUGUGUCCUGCUCUGGUGUGCUGGAAGUGGGAACCAUGACGGAGUUCAAAAUCCAUCAGAAGUGGUUUGCCAAAAUUAAGAGAAAAGCUGAAGAAAAGCUGCGAGAGAUAGAACAGGGCAAGAAGCGAGUGAAAGAGAAUGUGGAGGUGGAGAGGUUGCAGGGAAUGAGUCCCGAUCGGCUCCAGAGAAAGCGGAGGCUGGUCAGGGAUGUGAAUCUCCAGUCAGGAGCCUCUCUAUGGGAGAAAGAGGAUGCAGCAAAAGUUCAUGUUGCUGACUCUCAGUCCAUAUUACACAAGGAUAUUGCUGAACCAAAGGAGCAGCCAGUAAAGGUGAUGACGGGCUUUCCAAACAAACUGAUCGCGCCGUUGAAAGCAGAGGUGACCACCAAUGGAGAUGCCUCUUUGGAAAGUGUGGAGGAUAAUGGGAAUGGCUUUCUCACAUAUAUCUAUGAGACGGUGGAGGACCUCACGACUAAGCCAGUAGCAAAAGACUCUGCUGCUAAAAAGAAAAAGAAAGUGGAGGCUCCUCCAGCAGCAAAGCAGGAAGUUUCCAAGCGAGAAGAAAGUGCACGAGACAGGGCCAACCCCUCUCUAAAUCCAAGGUUUGCCCCUCCUGUCCCCUUACGCAAGAACACACAUUUGAGGGGGUCAGAUGAUCAAGAAGUGGAAAACAGUCUAAAAAUCAAAGAGCCUGGGAAAGCUGUGAAUCAGGACACUAAAAUCAAUGGCGACAUGCACUUCUCUUUGAAAGAGAUGUAUUUUGACAGGCAAAUGGAGCCAGCAGCAGGGAAGGAGGAGGUGGGAGCCAAGGAAGAGGCUGCGAGCAAGGCUGCCCUGCAGCCACUGGCAAUCAUCAGACAGCCAGAGGAUGCUCCGUCGUCCUCACAGGUGGCAGAGGCAGGACCUGUGCUAUCCGACAGACAGAGAGGCCAGCACCAAGCACAGAUGGCGGAGAGAAACAAAGCUAUUGCAGCAGCAGUGGGACAGUCUGCUUGUGACCUAAAACAUCCAGUGUCUGCUUCAACCACAGAGGCUGGUCAGCAAGCCAGUAAGUUAGAGGAGCUCAGGAAAGAGAUACCUCUCUGCCGGGAGACCGGGGAAUCUGGGAAAAGGACAAAUCCUCGGCUGAGGCCACAGGAACCACCAAAGCCACGAGCACCUUCUCCAGACCACAUACAAUCCAGCAAGGAGCAACCUGCCUCUAGGAAACAGACAGAAGAACAUUCCCUUGCUCGUGAGGGCAGAGAGACCCCACCAGCACUGUUAAAUCAAGAGGACAAAAGCCAAGGUGAGGAAAAGCCAUUACUAAAGAAACUGAGUCCUUCAGAGCCCAUAGAAAACACUCCUCUUGAGCAAAUCACACAUCAGACAUCAAUCAAGGAUGGGAAGAGUGAAGAGGCAGGAAUGGAGCUAUCUGGGAGCCAUCACAGUGCAAAGGCAGGAAGGAGAGGUGCAGCAGAGCCAUCUCCUGGGGCUGUGCACCCAGAGGUGGAAGGGACACAUUUAGGAUAUCUGCAGACUGAAUGUCCAGCUCCGGAUUCAGUUCAGUUUGCCACAGAAGAGACACUCCCUGCUCCUGCAGCAGGAACAUCAGUGGUGCAGGAGGCACUGCUUGCAGCUCAUGGUGCCCCAGGGAUGAAGACCACAGCAGGAGAGGUUCAAUCUGGAGCCCAGCUGCUGCCUCCUGUGAGCAGAGAAAUAGAAAUCAGAAAAGCAGAUGGAUCUGCCUCACAAGAGAAGUUUUCAGCCAGUAUGUUAGGGGAGGAUAGUGCCAAAUCAGUGCCUGUGGGACCCCAGGGGAAGGAAAGAGGAGAGCAAACAGCGACAGGUCUGCACCAUGAGCUGGCAGCACCUUCAGGCACUUUUGAUGGAGGUGCUGAGGUUCAGCCACAAGUACCGCUGGUCCUGCCUAGCCCUGAAAGACAGCAGGAGAUGUCUUUGGAGGAGAAGAUGCAGCACAAAAACCUUGUUUCCUCCUUGAAGAACUAUCUGCUGCUGCUUUUAAAAAUGUCAGAUAGCAGUAAGGAUGCCAUGAAAGAAGACACUGACACCAGUGACAGGGAGCAGCCCAAUGCAAAGGAAUUCAUGCUCCCAGAAAUAGGCAUUGCAGGCCUGAGCCCCCGCACCUCAAGGAGAGUUUUGGAAAAGGUACAAAACAAUCAGCUCUUCCAAACAGCAGAGAACUUGCCUCUGACUCCCAGGACGUCCAGGCGGAUCACAGGCAUGAUUAAUGAGGAAUUCAUUACCAGCAAGGAGAUGCUGGCUUGCAGGCCUGUGCCACCAAAGAGACGUACCCGGGUCGCUGCCGAAGGAGAGGGGCCACCCCAGCUCUCUGUGCCCUCCAUCGUGGUGGGCAGCAUCCCAGCUACAGGAGUGGGGCAGCCUCCUAGUGAGAUUCCAAAUUUGCCUGCAGCAAGCCCUGAAAAAGAGAGUGCUGGUGGCCCUCUGGCAGUUCUACCUUGUGCCACGCCAGAGGAGCUGGCUUCCGGAGCCCGGCGCAAAAUAUACCUGCCAAAAAACAAGCAGGCUGGGGAGGAAGAGGAGGCAACCACCGAGAGCCCAGGCCACAUGAGAAGUCCAAACGUUUCACCACGGCAGUGCAGGAAGAACAUGGCCCCGUUGCCAUCGCCUGCCCUGGCUCUGUGCCCUCCUGCAGAGCAGUGCUCACCAACCCUCACGAGGAAGAUGGCGACGUUGGAGGUUCCUAAGCUGUAUGAGGAGCCCACAGGUGACAGCAGUACUGACCAUGAGGUCCCUGAAGAUGCUAAGCCAGAAGCACAGCCAGCAGAGUCCAAGAAAGCAAAUAACCCCUUUAAAGCUCCACAGGUGAUUCGUAAGAUCAGGGCAGAACAAUUUUCUGAUGCAUCAGGAAACCUGAAACUUUGGUGCCAGUUCUUCAAUAUUUUGAGUGAUUCUAAGCUGAUGUGGUACAAGAAUGAGAUCCCUGUAGCAGAAGCACAAAGGAGCGCUGGUGACGAGAGCCAGGCAGCCUUGGCUCUUGUGCAGGCAUCCCAGAAGGACUGCGGGGUCUACCGAUGUGUGAUCAGCAAUGAGUAUGGCACUGACUCCACUGAUUUCCUGCUCAGCGGAGAAGUGCUGUCAGGAUUUAUCUUGCGGGAAGAGAUCGAAGUUGGUGAGGAGAUUGAGAUGACGCCCAUGGUAUUUGCGAAGGGUCUGGCUGACGCAGGCUACUGGGGAGAUAAGCUCUUCGGGCGCGUAGUGAGCGAGGAUGCGGAAGUGGGUGCUGGUUUCCUGCACAAAGCCUGCCGGGCCAGAGCCAUCUACGGCCUGGAGCCCAUCUUUGAGUCUGGCCGCACGUGUGUCAUCAAAGUACACAAUUUCAUUGUCUUUGGGACCAAGAAUGAGAACAGUCUGAUCGAGAAGAACUAUGAUAUCACCAUCCAGGAAUGUAAAAUCCAGAACUCCAGCCGCGAGUACUGCAAGAUCUUUGCUGCUGAGGCACGAGCUGUCCCUGAUUUUGGAGCAGUGCCUGAGAUAAUUCCUCUGUACCUGGUUUACCGACCAGCCAACAACAUCCCUUAUGCCACGAUGGAGGAGGACCUUGGUGUACCCUGUGAGCAGUACUGUGUCACUGAGAGAGAUGGCAGCUUGGUGGCACGAGGCGUUUCAGAGAUUGUGCUCAAAUGCUGCACCUUCCAGCAUUGGGUCUAUCAGUGGACAAAUGGAAACAUCCUUGUGACUGACAUGGAAGGAGUGGGCUGGAAGGUGACCAAUGUGCGGAUUGCUACCAACCUGAAAGGGUACCAGGGGCUGAAGGAAAGUUGCUUCCCCUCCCUACUGGAGCAAUUCACGACCGCUCACCAGUGUAACCACUACUGCAGCAUCCUCGGCCUGAAGACGCUGGAGCCAGCCAAGCCCAAGGGCUCCAAGAGCCCUUCCAUGGGUAGGAAAUCUGCCCAGUCCAGUCCCCAGCUCCAGAAGAAGGGGCUGGCAAGUCCCCAGGGUACGCGCAAGGCUGCUGUGAGCCCCAAGAGCUCUCGGAGAGCAGCAGAAACAGGGGAGAUCCCAGCAGCCUCCAAACCCAAGUCAGGAGAGAGCAGCAGGUCUGGCUGCCCACAGUAG